GUGAGUCCAGAUUUCGACUGGGCGGAGUCAUUGCAAGGGGCCAAGCUCCACAUUAGCCAAGAGGGGGAGGUGUCCUUGGAAGCGCCGAGAUGCAAAGAGGAAUUGGGCAUCCGCCUUUCAGAGAGCGAAUGGAGUCAGCUUCUAUGCCUUGCACCCCCCAAGCAGGGCUUAGCCAAGCUGAAGAUCUGCGGCCGUGUGGAUGCUGUUCUGCAGCUUCACCGGACAAGCAAGAUUCUGUCUGCUGCUGAUUCUGCGGCGCGGAUUACCCAAGAGGAGCUCAGUCGGCAACAAGAUGCCGGCAACAAGGCGAAGAGAGGACAGCGCAAAGCCGAGGCAAAACGGCGUGCAGACACUCGCAGUCGCUGCCAGCUGCCGUCCUUAUCGGAUGCGCUGUGCGGAGUCGCUUGGGACUUUGGGCGAGAGCUGGAGCCCAUCUACAGAGAGGACGCCUGGGAUGGCACUGGCCACGCACCAGAGGUGGUCAGGCGAGAAUCCACAGGGAGCAAGGGCAUCCCCGCCGAGAUGUUGGGCUUGAAGCUCAAGAUGAAGGUCGUUGAACUGGAGGCCGGCCAAAGCCUGAAAGUUGCCUUCUGGAGCAUGGGCAACUUUUGCUUGGAUGGCCUGGAGUCGGUGACGUUUACCAGCUACCAACUCGAACGUCCAGGUGCAAAGGGCAAGACGAGGCUCCAGCUGACCGGCAAGGCUUCGGAUUCACCGGGCCUCCACGUUUUGGGACAUCCGGCGAAGGUCUUCCCGCCCUUCGAUGACCUGACUUUGAUUGCCGUGCACCUGCCGGAAUCCCGGGAGCUUCAGAUCUGUCCUUGCGCGCUCUUCAACAUUGAGAUCGACCGCCAGGGAAAGGGCUACUCAGACCCGAAUGAUCCGGUAAACCUCAACAGAGAGGAGGCGCCGGUUCCGGAAGAGGACACGGGCCCAAUGACGGCCAAGCAGUACCGGGACAAGCGCAAGCUGGCGAUUGAAAGCUUUGGUACGGCGAAGAAGAUGAGAAGCUUCGGCCAAGUUGCUGAGCGUUUGGACAGGGACCUGGAAGUGGCAAACCUGGAGCAGUACACAGGGAGCAUCAGUGCAAGAGUAGAGGAGCAACUGAAGCUAAAGCAAACUGCCGAAGAGAAGGACGAAGAGACAAAACGGGAGGUGCUGCCACCGUUCAUCCGCUCGGACGACCCCCAGAAGAUCUACGUGGACGGCUUGCAGAGCAUCGUGUCUGAUGAGGCCCUGGAAAACGAAGAAAGCCUGCCAGCUGAAGGUUUCCAUAGUGGGCCGGCUAGAAACGAGACGUGUUUGCCGAUGACGCAAACGACCUUCAUCCCGGGCCAUGUCGGUCCUGACGGGGCGGCAGUGGGUCCCAAGACACUUGGAGCAUCUGCUGAGCCUCCAUGCACCGCUACCGAAGAUCGAGAGGAGGAAGACUUGGAGCACGCGGGCAUGAUCGCCAAGCAGCCGGGAACCGUGGAAGACACGGAGCCUCGCUCCUUUUGGAUCGCUUGUGGUGUCCUUGUGCACUUGGCAUGGGGCACCUAUCCCGUCUUCGCUCGCUACAUGCAGGUGAUGUUGCACAUGGAUGGCUUGCUCGUGCUCAUUGUGGCAAACUUGGUGUCUUUCGUUGUCGUCCAGACCGUCACCUGCCAUGGCUUGGGGGAUAAGGCCGGGAGGAAGGUUGGGAUGAUGUAUGCCAUGCUCAUAACUGGCCGAGGAGUUACAAAUAUGUUAACCAGCAAGUUCACGAUUGCGUUGUACACGGGCAUCGUGACCCAGUUCGCCCCCUUCAUAGUGGCAGGGGUCUCCUGGGUGGCCUUGGGAGACCAACUCCCGCGCUGCAUCCUGCCAUCGCUCAUCAUCUCAACCCUGGGUUCGCUAUUCGUCGUGCUGGGCCAGGCUGAUGCGGGUGUUUCGGUUUUCUCCGUCAAUGAUGGCAUCGGGAUUGGAAUGGCAGUCGUCUCCAUCUGCGUGAGUGCCGGGAUCCGUGUGACGAUGAAGGUGUCAAGCUCGUCGCUCUCUGGUUUCAUGCUGAAUUCCUGGCAGUACAUGAGUGCUGUUCCACAGGUGCUGUUGGCGACAGUCCUAACACCUCCAGCAGCCUGGGUGGAGACGAUGCAUUUCUCAUCGCAUCAGCUGGCGGUGCUUGGUGCUUUCAUCCUGGUGCUGCCGCUGGCCGCGAGCUACGGGCAGGUUACUUGUGUUCGCAAACUUGGGCCUUCUCUGGAUGCUUCCAUUCAGCCAGUGCGACUGCUCUCGACGAUUGCUGGAGGCUAUCUGGUGUUAGAUGAGCCAGUGAAGACAGCCACUGCCUGGCUAGGACUAGCAAUCAUUGUGAUCACCCUCGUCGUGUACUUGGCACUGCAAAACAAGCCAGCGGCAGCACCAACUGGAUCCACUCCACAGGCCAGUGCGAAAUGA